UCCAUAAAUGUCUGUUCGCUUCGCGGACGUCCAACAAAAAUCAACGUAAUUUUCGCGACGUUCGGACACUUUGCCGUGUGAGUGCUGUUCUUACAUUUUCCCUUGCGAAAAUCUCGUUCAAAAAAAAAAAUGCCAGUGUUUCACACCAAAACCAUCGAGUCUAUUUUGGACCCAGUUGCACAACAAGUGUCCAAGCUUGUAAUUCUUCAUGAAGAUGCAGAAGAUGGUGUCCCCAUGCCAGAUCUGGCGACCCCAGUCUCAUCCGUCAGACACGCGGUCCACAAUCUUGUCCAGGUGGGCAGAGAGACGAUCGGCCGCAGCAGAGACCCGAUCCUUAAGCAGGACAUGCCGUCGACUUUGUCGCGCGUGGAGAACGCCUCACAAUUGUUGCAGGAAGCCAGCCAGCUGCUGAAACAGGACCCGUACUCGAAGCCGGCCAGGACCAAGUUGAUAGAAGGCAGCGGCGGAAUUUUACAAGCCACAUCCGCUCUGCUUCUUUGCUUCGACGAGUCCGAAGUCAGGAAGAUCAUCCAGGAGUGCCACAGAGUGUUGGAUUACCUGGCGGUGGCCGAGGUGAUCGAAACUUUGGACGAACUGGUGCAGUUCCUCAAGGAUUUGAGCCCCUGCUUCAGUAAGGUUUCCAAAGAGGUGAACGCGAGACAAAAGGAGCUGACCCAUCAAGUGCACGCAGAAAUUUUGGAAAGAUGUUUGGAUCAAGUCAGGAUGUUGACUCCCAUAUUGAUCUGUUCCAUGAAAAUCUACAUUCAUAUAAGAUCUCAAGGCGGGAAAGGCAUAGAAGAAGCUGCCGAAAACCGAAACUACUUGACGCAGAGAUUGACCGAUGAGAUCAACGAAAUCAUUCGGGUGCUUCAAUUAACCAGCUACGAUGAGGAACAGUCCGACUUGGACAACUUGACGGUGCUGAAGAAACUCCAAAACGCCAUCCAGAACAAGAUCAACACGGCCAUGGAUUGGCUGCUGGAUCCGGAGGCUGUAAGAGGUGGAGUUGGAGAGAAGUCGUUGAGGCAGAUCAUCGGCACGGCCCAGAAGGUGGCGGAACGUUGCCUUCCACAAGACGCCGACACCAUCAACAAGCUGUGCUCAGAAUUGAACACCAUGGUUGAUGCCUUGUGUGAACUGAGACAGGACGGUAAAGGGGCCACUCCUCAAGCUGAAUCUUUGGCCAGGGGCAUUAGGGAUAAGUUGGGAUUCUUGCAACAGGCUGUUAUGAAUGCGGUCGUCAAUGUGGACAAGGCUGGGCUGCAGCAAACUGCCCAUACUGUUCAAGGAAGGUUGGAACAGGCCAGGAAGUGGCUGUCGAACCCCGGACAAGACGACAGAGGCCUGGGCCAACGUGCAAUCAACGCCAUGGUCAACGAGGGACGUAAGGUGGCCGACGGACUUCCGGGCGUCCAGAAAGCCGAAAUUCUCGAACUGUGCGACGAAGUGGACGGCCUGCGACGUCAACUGACCGAUCUGUGUGCCCAAGGCAGAGGCAACACGCCCGAGGCUCACGACCUGGCUCGCAAGUUGUCGCAGAAGCUGCACCAGCUGAAGGAGAAGAUCAACCAAGCCGUGGUUAACAGAGUGGUGGAGGAUUUUGUCGACAUUGCGACGCCGUUCAGGGAGUUCGUGGAGGCGGUGUACGCGCCGGAGGGCGAGCCCAACAGAGAGCAGCAUUUCAACGAAAAGGCGCAGAAUUUGCAGACUUUCGCCAACCGGGCUGUUAAAACUGCCAAGAUGGUGGCGGCAGGAGGAAGUGGAGGCAAUAAGAAGCUGGCGGAGGAUUUGCAAAGCACCGCGCACGAAAUCGAGAGUCUGACGCCCCAGUUUAUUUCGGCCGGAAGCAUCAGAUUGAACUAUCCGACGUCGAAAACUGCGGACGAACAUUUCGAUAACCUUAAACAACAGUACGAACAAACUAUGAGCAAGUUGCGUCGAUUGUGCGACGAAGCUACGGACGUAGCUGACUUUAUUAAAGCCUCCGAGGAUCAGAUGAAGAAGCACACGUUCUUGUGCGAGGAGGCGAUACAAAACAAGCAGCCGCAGAAGAUGGUUGACAACACGACAGCUAUUGCACGUUUAGCCAACAGAGUUUGGAAUCGUGCCGACACUGAAUGCAAGAACAGUGAAGACCCGGAGUUUACAGAAAGGUUGAGGCAAGCCUGGACCGACAUGAUUAAUUGUGUCCCGCCGAUGGUUAAAGAUGCUAAAGCGGUGGCAGUCAAUCCUGCUGACCAACCAGCUGUAUCCAAAUGGAGGGAAUCCAACAAAGCUCUACUAAACGCAGUGGGACAAGUAAGAAAGGCAGUUACAGUCAACCCAGACCUUCCACCACUUCCUGACUUGAACAACUUACACUUGGAAUCCGUCCCGCAACACUUUAUCGAAAAAGUUGGGGAUCAGCUUAGGAACACGCCGCUGCCAGGACGGGACUCGGGGACGUUGAGUCCCACGCAACACAGCCAGGGUCGCGUCAGCCCCCUGCCUAAGUGGGCCAGAGGCGAUAACUCAGAUCUGCUCUGUCAAGAACUAUUACCAAACGACCAUAUUAACCAACGAGGAAAUUUCAGUUUCAUCCCGCAGUACAUACUGGAAGACGAUCAGGCGCCUCCACGUCCACCGCUGCCGCACGAGGGCGGCGCCCCGAUGCGCCCUCCGCCACCAGAAACCGACGACGAGGAUGAAGUAUUCAAAACUGCACCGCUUCCAGACCAACCUAUCAUGGUUGCGGCCCACAAUUUGCACCGCGAACUGCGUCAGUGGUCCGCCAAAGACAACGAAUUGAUCGCCGCCGCCCAGAGGAUGGCCAAGCUGAUGGCACGACUCUCGGAGCUGGUGCAAAACGACGACAAGACCUCCAAACGCGAACUCAUAGCCACGGCCAAGCAAAUCGCUGACGCCAGUGCGGACGUCACAAGGAUCGCCAAACAACUAGCCAGGGAAUGUACGGACAAGAGGAUCAGGACGAAUUUGUUGCAGGUCUGCGAACGCAUCCCCACAAUCGCCACGCAGUUGAAAAUCCUGUCCACCGUCAAGGCGACAAUGUUGGGCUCGCAGGGCUCCGAAGAAGACCGAGAGGCGACGGAGAUGCUGGAAGGCAACGCCCAGAACCUGAUGCAAAGCGUGAAGGAAACGGUACGAGCUGCCGAAGGCGCGUGCGUUAAAAUCCACGCCCAGAAUCACGGCAGGUUGAGAUGGGUCAGGAAACAACCUUGGUACCAAUACGCUUGAAUCGGCACCAAAUAAUUUAUUUGUAAUAGUUUUGUUAACAAUUUAACCAAGGUUUACGCGAACAGAGACUACUGAUGUUUCUUCUUCCAUUUUUAUUAUUUUGUAACUGAGAAGUGUAAUUAAUUGUAAAACCUAUAGUGAUGUAGAAAUGCCUUGCCAAUAUGGAUAAUAGUUAUUUUUUAUAAAGCUUGUCUAUUAUAUCUAUUAUAAAGUCUAUGUUUACAUUUGUAAUUUCUAGCGAAGUGCAAUAGUGCCAAAAAAAAUAAUGAAUCGAAUCUCAGCAAUAAAUUAAAGCAGCUGUAUUUUAAAAUUGUAAUUUAAUUAUAUUAGGGGUUAUAUUUAAAUGAUUAGAUUAUAUUUAUGUACGUUUUUUUUUUAAUAUAAGACGCUUUAACUGUUUUUUCAUUUUUUAUUGGAUUUGUAUUAAUUUUUUUAACUGUUCAUUGUUUGUGUUUGGAAUGAAAUUUUAUGUAACAGUCAUUAAUAAUUGAAAUAAAAUUGUUUAUUUAA